GUUUGAGGGUCAACCCAACCCGACUAUAAGUCACGGCGUCCAACCUGCUUAACCCAGAGCUACGUUUGACGCACAUACAUACACAGCAACACGGGAGCAAAUCGACCUAUAUCUCAACAAUGACGCCAGAGUGGAGGGUUGCCGUUGCUAGCCGUGGAACUAUUCCAUUAGCUGCAUCUCUCUCUCUUUCCUCUUUCUUCUUUCUUCUAUCUCUACAUCCACAAUGUCUCUUUACAAAAUCCUCGUCGGUGGCUACCGCUCCGUGUACGAGAUCUUCUCUUUUGAGCCGUCCACUUCCAAGGUCAAGCUCGCGGGAUCCUCCCCGGCCCUCAUCAAGCCCACCUGGAUAGAGCUUCCCGGUUCCCCGAUUAACAAGGGUAACAGCGAGGAGAGGUACCUGUAUACUGUAUCCGACGUCGACGGAGGUUCUGCUGUCAGCUUGAAACUCAAGGGCGAUGAUAUCGAGAUCACGGGUCAGAGACAGUGCUAUGGCGGGGCCGUCCACAUACAUGUCAUGAAGGAUGGUUCCGGUAUCAUCUUGAGCAACUUCUCAGGUGGCUCUGCCAUCUUCUUCCCCAUCGACUCCAACGGCGCCUUGUCAAAGACUUCCGCGUCGCCCCUUCUCAAGCUACCCUUCGUGUACGAAGGCCAGACAGCGCCCAACCCCAAGCGACAGGAGGCGUGUCAUGCGCACAAUGUAGUGGAAGGUCUGGAUGGGAAGCUCUAUCUCUCUGACCUUGGUACGGACAGGAUCUGGAUCAUCAAGAGAGAGGGUGAGAGCGGACUUGCCAUCGAUGGGUGGUUGCAAGCGCCUCCCGGCUCCGGUCCGAGACACUCUUUGAUCUCUGAGGAUGGAAAGUUCCUCUACAACCUCACCGAGGUAUCCAACGAGAUCCUCAUCUUCCCCCUCGACUCCACUGCCGAACACCCCGAACCUCUUCCCAGCAAAGUUAGCGUCAUCCCCCCCUCCGUUCCCUCGGAUCCUGCCGCUCAAGCCCACAUGAACGCGGCUCAACUCUUCUUCAACCCCGCCCAUCCCGGCGUCGUGUACGCGUCCAAUCGCCUUGAGCUCACUCUUCCUUCCGAGUUUGCUACGGGCGAGCAGGGUGAUGCUGUGGCUAUCGUCAAGCUCAACGCCGCCGGAGAUGAGCUUGGAGAGGUGAAGUGGGUCAGGACGGGAUGUAACAAUCUCAGAGGGAUGAGGGUGAGCCCCGACGGUAAAUACGUUGUUGUAGCGGGCAGGGUCGGUGGUGGGUUGGAGAUUUGGAGUACGGGACAAGAUGGGACCGAUUGGAAGCUGGCGGGGAAGGAUGAGACCAUUGACUUGGUGACGGACAUGACCUGGCUUUGAGAUCGUAUGCGGUUAUCGAGAUCAGAAUUGGAAAGAGAAUGUAUCACAAGUGCCUCAUAGG